CAAAAAAGCUUCAAACCCAUUUUUUCUCCACACCCAUUACGCCAAACCCAGGUGCUAAUUCUAGAUUUUCAAUAAAAAAGAAGUGUUUCUUGGUGACUAAGAAGAUGGUGGUGGUUUCACCUACAAUGGCGGCGGAGAAACCCAAAAAAAGGUGUUCUGGUGAGGCUAUGGAGUUUGUGGAGGAGAUGAGGUUUGUGGCAAUGAAAUUGCAUACUAGGGAUCAGGCUAAGGAGGGUGAGAAGGAGCCAGAAGGACCGCCAUUGGCGAAAUGGGACCCAUCAAUUGUUGGAUAUUUGAGGUUCUUGGUGGAUAGUAAGUUGGUGUAUGAUACCAUUGAGAGGAUUGUGGAUAAAGCAGUUUUCCCUGAAUAUGCUGAGUUCAGGAACACAGGGUUAGAAAGGUCGGAAAGUCUGGCAAAAGAUCUAAAAUGGUUCAAAGAGCAAGGUCAUAUCAUUCCAGAACUGUCUGCUCCUGGUGUUAGCUAUGCUCACUAUCUUGAGGAAUUAUCAGAAAAAGAUCCUCAAGCAUACCUUUGCCACUUUUACAACAUAUACUUUGCCCAUACAGCUGGUGGUAGAAUGAUUGGGAGAAAGGUAGCUGAAAAGAUACUCAACAAAAAGGAGUUGGAAUACUACAACUGGGACGGUGACCUGUCUCAAUUGUUGCAGAAUGUUAGGGAGAAGUUGAACAGAGUUGCUGAAAGUUGGACUAGAGAGGAGAAGAAUCAUUGUUUGGAAGAAACCGAGAAAUCUUUCAAGUUCUCAGGGGACAUCCUCUAUUUAAUAUUGUCAUGAGCACAAUUUCCGCUCCUGUUGUCGUAGUAUCUGUGUUCCGUAUGCGUCUGUGUUCGUGUGGGCAUGCUGAUGAUGAGCUUAGUAUGCUGCAAGCCUGCAACUGCAAGAAAACUGUUGGUUGGAGGCCUAACCUAAGCAGUGCAGUGUGAUGUCUUUUAGCAGCAUUUCUUCUUUUUCCUUUUAGACUUUAUGAUCAUUUCCCUCUACUUGUCCCCCUGAUAGCAUCAUCAAUCAAGUUUCUAGCUAUAAAAAAUUCGUAAUUCACAGGGUAACUUUUCAAUUCUGUGUAAGGGUUACAGGGUUGCUUAGUAGAUAGAGGUUGGAAUUGGUUGUUUGACAUAAUGAUGUUGUUCUUCUUCUCUA